UCGGAAGAACCUCAUAGCUCCAUUAUCCUACCGCAAGCUUCACAGAGGGUCAAUCGAAACACCCGGCAAUCAUGGCAACGCGACGGUCUCAAUUCCACCAGCAGGUGCUCAUCGACACCACGCCUCUUCCUGACAACAUUCCCCAGGUCCAGGAGAUUGGUGCUUCCUCUGCGCCUCUGCUGUCGGCCUCUUUCUUCAUCGGCGCACGAUGCCGCGACUACAACGACGAUUACAUGCAGUGCAAGACCGAGAACCCCGGCAAGGGAGAACUGAACUGCCUGAAGGAGGGACGAAGGGUAACCCGCUGCGCCCAGAGUGUGCUCAAGGAUAUCAACACACACUGCUUAGCCGAGUUCCGCAAGCACUGGGAGUGCCUCGACAACCGAAACCAGCAGCUCUGGCAGUGCCGCCCCGCCGAGUGGAAGCUCAACAAGUGCGUUUACGAUAACUUGAAAUUGGAGAAGAAGAUUCCUGAUCAGCCCGCCAACGUCACCCCCGUUGAGCUGAGGACGAAACAGAUCUUUGCUGACGUGAGGGUUGGACCUGGUGAUGGCAAGCCCUUCAUCGCCGGAAAAUCGGAGGCUUCACAGUGAGGGAAAGAGGGGAACGGUUGGAAUGGAGGGGUGAAGAUGCGUCAUGUACAAUUGCUGUCACCUGAGUCGAAACAAAAAUAACUCAUCAGCCUCUUACAUACAACACUCGCACCAUUUGAUUCUCAGGCAUCUUGAUUCUUUUGUAGAAGGGGCUCUAAGGGGCCAAGGGGAGUUGAAAGUGUUUGGUCCUGAGCCAAACAGUACGAGGCAGGUUGUUUGAGGCAGAGACAUUGGCGCAGCCAGACACUCAAAAUAGAAGGUUAAAAGUUGACGCGUUACACG